UGUGUGUGUGUGUGUGUGUGUGUGUGUGUGUGAUUUGACUCCUGAUCUCCUGAUGUCGUAAAUAAUGGAUGUGCUUCACUACUCUGCUGUUUUGGGUAAAUAUAUGUUGUGGCUUUAGCCUUCACUGACCUCUGUGGGGUUAGUCCAGGAUGCAAUAAAGAUUCAGGGGAGACACUGCGUCUGGGAUAUGUUUAUGAUUGGCUUAAGUAGACACCUGGAGUGGAGAAGAAGAGGAAAGGGGGCACACCUCCCCCUGCUGAUAAUGACCGGAAGAAAGGAAUGAGGUAAUGCCUGGAGAACACCAAGAUGAGCCGGCAAGAGACGCUGGGAGGAGUCACAAGCGGACCGGGCAGAGCGCUUCAUGAAGCGGGAAGAGUUGCCAUGGAGACGAACAGGAGACAAGAAGGAGGGGGAAGUGGAGAGAUAAAAAUGGGGGGCCCGCGAGGGACCGGGGUUGAGAGUGCUGGGAAAAGUUCUGUAGGAGUUUGGUGGAGCUCUGUUUUUUGUCUUACCCACUGCGUCGGGGUGAUUCUGUUUGGAUUAAUGUUUUUUCAUCCUGUUAAAUAAAAACCUUGGUUUCUUAUUGUAAGAAACGAAAAGGAUUUCCGUGCCUGGGGUUCUCCGGUGGUGUCGUGUAACCAAAAAGGUGAGAUGCUGGUUACUUGUUAUCCCACUCCAAGAGGUUUAGGCAAGUCAGUUUAGAGUCUUUAACCUGAGCAUAAAUAAGCUACAGGUGACUAAGAUGUGUUUGGGUUUGAACCGAGUCUUCCUUUGAGCUGCAAGCAGUUUGUGCUGCCAGGGUAAGAGUCUAGGUUAUUUGGUGAUUGCUAAUCAGCUCCUAUAGUGUGCAGGCAGUUUUAAAGAGCAGCUGAAUGUCACGCCCACGCAUAAAUAGAAAUACAAAUCAACCUGAGACGUAACAUCUGUUAAAGAGUAAGCUAGUUGUGGAAGAUGGCUUGUAACAGAUAGAUGGCAUCCAAACGGAAUAUAGUUCGUGAGCAAACACAAGAAAAAAAGAGGAGUGUGCUUCAUUUGAAAGUGGGCGUGGUGUUGCAAACAAUUUUGUAGUAAUAAACAUCCAACUGCUGCUAGUCAUGAGACAGAAGAGGAGAAUCAUGAGUGGAAGUGAAAACAGCCUGAUGAUCAUUUAUGAAAUCUCUUGCCAAACGCAUAAACCAGCCCUAUUCAAUAGGCGGCCCAAGGGCCAGAACCGGCCCAUCAAGCAUUUUGGACCGGCCCAUUGUCUUCAUAAUUCUUGAUAAAUAGUUUUUUUAAGUAGCAGUGUCGCAGUUAUUAGCAGCCGAUGGCUAAACCGUAAUCGCGGCAGUUUACAAAACUUUGCGACAUUUUACGGCACGUUUUGGAGCGGGGACCUAUCCAACAGGUCGGUGACGCUGUUAUGCUCUUCAGUGCCCGUAAACCGCAGGUUUUACGACAAGUUGCGCAGCUCCUGAUGGAAAGUAUAUGACGAUUUAUAACAGCGGUUUCUUGGAAAAAAACAUGUCACAUUCAAAAGAGAAGAGACGUAAAAUUGACACUGAAAAUAGAAGAUUUAACAAGGAGUGGACUGAUAAGUAUGCACACAUUCAGAAUGCUGAAGGAAAACCCAUGUGCCUUGUCUGUCUCGUCAUUUGUUCGGUAAAUAAAGAAUACAACGUGCGGAGGCACUUCAAGACGAGUCACGCUAACUUUGACAAUGAAUAUCCACCAGACUCUGAGGCUCGACAGAUAAAAAUAAAGACACUGAGCCAAAACUAUCAGCGGAGUUGUGUGCAUUUCACCCGAACCUGCACGUUGCAGCAGAAAGCUACAACAGCAUCUCUGCGAAUCGCAUGGAUAUUGACUAAAAAUAAAAGACCAUUUACAGAUGCUGAAACAGUGAAAGAAUGCAUACAAGCUGCUGUUGAGGAAGUGGUGACGGAUGAAAACGUGAAAGAGCAAGUUAUAACUUCGAUUAAAUCAAUUCCACUGUCCGAUACAACCACUGCGAGAAGAGUGGAUGCUUUAGCCACGGAUGUUUCUGACACUCUUCUUGAUCAACUGAGGAAGGCUGAUUUCAUAUCCCUCGCUGUGGAUGAAUCAACGGACAACUUGGAUGUUGCUCAACUUUGUAUGUUUGUGCGUUUUUAUGAUGGUCACGGUUUCAAAGAGGGCAUAUUGGGAUUAAUACCACUUGAAGGGCAUACAACAGGAGAAAUACUCUUCCAGAAGAUUGUGGAUUUUUUUCGAGAGAACGGACUGGACUUGGAGUGUAUUAACCUGCUUGUUACAGAUGGUGCACCUUCGAUGGCAGGGAAGAUCAAAGGAUUGUCUGCAUGGCUGUCUGCACUUGCGCCAAAAAUGAAGUCGCUGCACUGUCUCAUCCACCAGAGUGUCCUUAAGUGCAACUGGACUCCCUGGGUAACUACACCAGGAUCCUGCCAGAAGCAGAAACAGCUGGAGUUAGCAGGUCAGAUCCACGGUGUGUAAAGUCCACUCAUGGAGGGAACAGCAAGGGAAACCACUGAAGAACCAGGAUAAACAGACCCGGGGAAACAAGGACGGAGACACAGCGCUGCCCCGUGGCAAGGCGGGAAUGUGGAAACGGACCUGUGGCUAUUCCAAACACAGGCGCCAUCUUGUUACCGGCCAGAAGCAGAGUAUGGGUCGGAUGAGGCUGGUCCAUACUCUGUAACAGCAGCUGCUAUGUGUGGACUCUCAUAUGAUUUGUAUAUUUACAUUUGUAGUAAACCUUUUUCCACAGUCAUCAUGACUAAAUGAUUUAGGUUUCUUCUGGACUUUCCUGCACGAGUCUCCAUGUUGCUUCACUCUAACACAUUUCUUAUUAACCAAACAGCCUGAAGACCUUACUGCUGGAUGACUUGUCUCCCUCACGUGUCUCUGGAGAGACCACUUGUUGAGAACUUGUUGACAGACUUACCUUCUG